UCUAUAAAUCUGAUGAUUACAUCUUCAAAAAUCAGUAACAUAAUUAACUCGUUUGGCCCACUAAAAGCGGCUGGAAAGGAUGGUAUCUUUCCAGCCCUUUUACAGCAUGGGUUAGCCGAGUUAAUUCCGUAUUUGGUUCCUCUCAUGAGGGGGUGCCUGACCUUUGGUUAUACACCUCUGAAGUGGAGAGAGUCCAGAGUGGUAUUCUUACCAAAGCCAGGAAAGGAGAGUUACGAACGGGCGUCCGCUUGGAGGCCCAUCUGCUUAACAUCCUUCCUGCUCAAAACACUUGAGAAACUGGUAGAUGGCUGGGUCCGCACGCCUGAUCUUGUUGAUAGGCUGCAGAGACACAGUCAGUAUGCCUAUAUGAUGGGCGUUUCCACGGAGGCUGCCCUUCAUCAGAUCGUUAGCCUUGUUGAGGGGGCCCUUGACUCUGGCGAGUACUGUAUUGCAGUGAUGUUGGAUGUUAAGGGCGCUUUUAAUGAGGUUAGAUCUGAUACCAUUAUCCGUAGCCUUAGGAGGUUUGGCGUCAACGAAGUAUGUGUUCGAUAUAUUGAGCACAUGCUUCGGACACGAACCACUUGGGUAACUGAUUAUACUUACGAGAUUGGGAGGGUGGUGGAGAGAGGGUGCCCUCAAGGGGGUGUCCUCUCACCGCUUCUCUGGGAUCUGGUCGUAAGUGAAAUUCUGGAAAAACUGCAUCAUCGGUUCCCUCAACUGUACUCACAGGGCUUUGCCGACGAUCUCACAACAGUGGGACGGGGCAUUGACCUCGGUACAGUGGGGAGUCAUGUGCAGAGAGCAGUAAAUCUUGUUAGUGAUUGGUGCAAAGAGGUGAGCUUGUCAGUCAACGAUAAGCUUGCCCUGGUACUAUUCACUAAGAAAUACAAAUUCAUUGCUCCUGUGAUUAAGUUGGAUGGUAUUCCCAUCCCUUAUCAAAAACAGGUAAGAUAUCUUGGGGUCUUAUUGGAUCACAAGUUGAACUGGGGCCCACUGUGCAGGGCUGGGGCACUAAAAGGUAUGCGUGCCCUGGCCCAGUGCAGGAGGGCCAUUGGUAAAACUUGGGGUCUUUCCCCCAAAAUUACAAAUUGGAUCUACAAAUCCAUAAUUCGCCCGGCCAUGGAAUAUGGGUCACUCUUGUGGGCUCCGGCCACAAAGGUGAAGUCCCACAUGGCCCAGUUGCAAAGAGUACAGAGGUGUGCCAUGCUUGGUACAACCGGUGUAAUGUCUAGCACUCCUACUGCAGCCCUGGAGUGUCUACUGGGACUUGUCCCAGUGGACAUCCGGGUUCAGCAAGUUGCACUACGAACGUACCAUCGCCUCGCUCACCACGGCCAAUGGAAAAAAUGGGCCGGGGGUGAUCGUAGGAGGGCGUUAAAGCAUAACAAGUUUGUCGAAAUCAUGGCGUCUGGUAUUGAUGAAUUCCAGAUGCCGUGUGAGAAACUUGUUAAUCCGCCAGCAGAGAGGAACUUCGAAACCUCUAUCUACUCGGGAGAGAUCCUCCCAAUCUGAAAGAUUGGGAGGAUGGUAGCGUGCCCAUGAAUGCCUCCGACGUGAACUGUUUUACUGACGGUUCACGGAUGGGUGAGUGUUCGGGUGCGGCUUACUACUUCACAUACAACAAUCUUGCUCAGGAAGCUGUGAGGUGCUCAAUUCCUCUGGGAUGGGCACCCACAGUUUUCCAAGCAGAAAUUAUGGGUAUUAUCAGGGCUUCUGAAACGUUGACCGACAAUACUCAUAACUAUAGCACCGUUGACUUCUUCAUUGACAGUCAGGGUGCCAUCAAAGCGCUCACUAGCCCAUGGCCAGUUUCAUCACUGACUGCUCAGGCUAUUGAGAUGCUUAAUCAUAUUGGGGAGACUAAGACGGUAACACUUCAUUGGAUCCCUUCUCACCAUGGAUUUGAAGGAAAUGAAGUGGCUGAGCUGUUGGCCAAGGAAGGUACUCUUACUGGGUACCUUGGCUCGCAGCCCUCUAUUCCUCUAUCCAGAAGCACUGUAAUCUCCAGCAUUGUAAACUGGGCAAGAUUGCAGCAUACCAAAUCUUGGGAAUGCAGCAAGGGUUGUUUAACUUCUAAAGCUUUUCUCUCUGCCCCUUCAUCGGGGCUUAGCAGUAAGCUUUUAACCCUAAAUCGGAAGAAUCUCCGAUCAGUAACACAAACCUUAACCGGGCACUGUACUUUAAACGGGCACCUCAGAACAAUGGGAUUAGUUGAUGAGGCCAUGUGCCUAUGUGGCCGUGGCCCUGAGACUGUAUUUCAUUUUCUUGGGUCCUGCGACAAGUAUUGUGCCCUAAGGUCAGAACUCUUUGGGAGGCAUGAGUUGCCACCAGAGCAAAUAGUGACUAUGUCUCUGCCCGAUCUAAUUCAAUUCAUAAUCAGAUCAGGGCGGUUUGUAGGUCAAGUUAGAUCUGUAAAUCGUGAGAGUCAUGACUUAGCUCAGUAAAGCGGUGUAUACGGGGAGACUGCAAUAAGCCUUAGUGCUUGCGCAGCUGACGGUCCUGUCCAACAAUGGUAGGAUCGUCACCCCACCAAUACAUACAUACAUACAUAGUGAAGGGGAAGGAGACUUCAAUUUUUUGGGCGAACACGAUACUGCAAUUAGAACUGGAUUUAAAAAAUGCAACAAGAGUACCCAACAAGGGUAAGAGUGAUACACCACUUGAAGCCUUUAUUCUAUUUGGUUUCAAACUUUUGAUCUGGUCGGGAUACCUCUUCACACCAUUAUUCACUGUGGUCGUGAUGGUGCUCGGAUUGGAUCCACAAUUCUACAUUGUAGAAUAUGCGAGGACCUCAUACCCACUAAUAUUCAUUCUUGGUCGCGCGUUGGCAUUAAAUAGCGAUUUCCUUCUCCGACUUUGCAUCGUGAUUGGAAGAUUUUGGUUGAUGACAUUUGCACUUUAUGAAGCUGAACGCGUAAUGGCGAUUACAUAUGGAUCGAUGUAUAUCGGCAUCUAUACUGCAGGCACGCUUGUUGGACUUAUAUCAAAAAUUGUGACAAAUAAUAAGCGGCGAAUUCAAGUCGGGCUCUUCCACCGCCACAUUACAUACUAUACGAUACUACAAAUAGGCAUACAAGCAGUGGAACGUAUGUUAAAGGUGAGUUUAUUAAUGGAGAUAUUUGCCGCCACCGUUGGUCUUGUAUCCAUUACAUUUGUUUCGGUAAGGUUGGGACAUUUGUUGCCCGGGUAUUUGCUACUGUGCGCAGUAUUCGCAGGGUGUUUCACCUUCUUGCUGGCGAAAACGGUUUUGAGUAAGACAGGCAGGGCAUUUAAAAAUGUGAUGGACUUGUGGAGGUCGUUCAAAGGGGUUGAUGUUUUGCUUGGAAUGCGGUGUGGAGUGAGGCAGUGGUACUUGAGGGACGUGCGGAGGUUGCCUGUAUUGAAAAUUCCGAUUGGUAUUGGUGGCAUAGUGUUCGCGACGCUGGAUGAAAAUCUGAAUGUGAGACUUUCCAAUUUAUUUAUUGACCUCACUGUGAACGCGUUGGUAUCUUAUGAUUUACAGUUCUAAAAUUUCAAUAUGUCUUUCGACUUUGUUAGAGGUCCGAAUUUGUGAAUAAUAUCCUUUCUUAAAGAUUUACAUUAAGAACUUUUAUGCCACGUCGGGAUAUUUUUUGUAGACUCUAUCUUAGCUCUGACUGUGACAAUUUUUAUUAUAUAAAUAAGUGAUAAGAUAGUCGACGGAAACUUGACCGUUAUGAUGUCGAUAUGCGGACGUCUACUUAAAUAAACUAAAUAGCCGAAGGCCACUGACUUCAACUCUCUAGAACUAAAUCCCCUUCAUUACAAAUGUAACAAAAUUUAACAACUUUAAAAACUCAAUUAUUUAUGACUAACUACUUACAUACUUAUGACUUACCAUUGUGAAUGAAUACCGAAUGAUUGCAGUAAAAAUUCUCUUAUCAAGAACAUAAAA